AUGUCUUGUUGUGUUGCGAUUUUAUUGAAAGAAAAUCUUAUUUAUUUGAGACGCUCGUCAGAAGAAUUAAAGUUUCUUUUUCUUAUCCAUGCCAGCAUCGACAUAUUAGAAGAGAAAAUAAGUUUACUGUUAAAACCAAGUACUGAUCGUGAUUCAAGAGAUUUUUAUUUUGGUUUAUUAUGUACCGUGGAAGAAUAUAAAAUCUAUGGUUAUGUUACCAAUACUCGCGUCAAAUUUGUUAUUAUUUUCGAACAAUCAACAUCGUUAUUAAAAGAUAACGAAAUACGAACCUUAUUUCAACGUUUGCACCAAGCUUAUAUUGACGCCAUAUCAAAUCCAUUUUAUGAACCAAAUACACAAUUGAAAUCAAAAAAAUUUGAACAAGUUGUUAAUAGUUUAAUGGCACUCGAUAUUUUAUCUGCAACGGGCUCGGGUUCUAGUGGAACAUAA